AUGGCAAACCGCAUGUCGACCUAUUCGGCGGCAUCGUCGGCGGUGCCAUAUCAGAGCAACACGCAGCGUUCCACCCAGUCCACGCAGGUCUCUACCACAACCCUGCUCAACGCCCUGCACAGCUCCUACGCAUCAGGCCAAGCAUAUGAACUGGAGUCGAGCACGAGUCUAGUGGUCAAUACCUGGGUGACGGCUUCUAGCAAUGGUCCUGACGGCCGCUUUGGAGGUACAGUCGAUUCGGAGUUGGCCCGCCGCACAUGGGACCAUGCUCGCCGCCGCGCAGAAGAUGGCUGUAUCAUACUUGGAUCGAUGCACCAGUCCGCACCAUCGCUCUUCGCACCCUUUGUCUCUGCAUUGCCACUUUCUGUGCCAGCCACCUUCUACACUGCGAUCAAUGCCUUGAAGCCAUUUCUGCAUUGCGCUACGCCUUUCAAUCCAUCUUUGCCGCGCUAUUCCGGCCUUGCAGGCAUCUUCACACUCGCCCUCACAGGGGAAAUUACAGGAGCCAGCCUCGCUCUGACCACUGGGGGGAUUGAUACACAAAACGGCUUGCUUAAUGUUCCCGCCGAGCGUGGAUACCGAGCAUUUGACGUAUUCUAUUACCUCCUAACUGCACAAGGAGAGCAGGAGCGUGAGUAUUUGGGCCUCAAACAACCGCAUGAGUAUGUACUGCUCCGCAAGUCCGGCACGUACGAUCCGCCCGCCUACCUUCCAACUGCCGACGACGCCGCUGCCGCCGAGGACUUCCGUGCGUCGCUGAAAGCUAUUGGCAUCAAAGGUCAAGCCUUGCGAAGCUUGCUCAGUGUAGUCGCCGCUUUACUGCGCCUAGGAGACUCACUUGGCUUUCUCAUCGACCAAGAAGAGCUAGAGGAAACAUGCGAGGAAGUCGCAGGGCUCAUAGAUCUCGAUGCAGAGGUCCUCGUGAGGAAAUGCGCCACCGAGGAGCGCGAAGUGCUGAUCGCUGGCAUGUACGAAGCCUUGGUAGAUUGGGUCAUCGCGCACGCCAACGAGACCGUUCGCACCGAAAUCCGCACUGGUAGGGCCAUCGGAUCUAGCAAUGGGAGUGACAAUGGCGUCGGCACACCUCUCGGUAGCCUCGAGGACGGCGAUAGCGUUAGCAUCACCGUAAUCGAUGUGCCUGCUCAGGCACUAGGCAAGGCGGUGUGCUUGAAGACAGUCUUUGACGACAGCAAUGGCAUCAAUGCUGAAAUGAAGGAAGAUGGUAUUCCCAUAAUACCAGCGGGAUCCUCGGUCAUCAGGGAGAUGAAGGACUCCGUGCAAACAAGCGGAGCAGAUCUCGAUAUUACCGGAAGCGCUCAAUUACAGGAACGUGAGAUGGCGCAUGAUCAAAGGCAAAGGGUCUUGGAGAAAGUUGGUAUUGAAAGCGAAGACGGAAGCUUCCUGCGACAGAUUCUCUACCCAAUUGACGGCCAAGGCAUUGAUCUUGGAAAGACCGGGAGGAUUAAUCUGGCCAACGUGAUGGGCUCCUGCAGGGUAUGGUUCCAACUCUGCUUACAUCCCAACGAAGAGUCGCCCGCCAAUUUCGCAAACCAAUCGUCUCAAAACCUGCCUUGGUCAGCCGGCUCGGUUUCCAGCCAGAUUCGUGCGUGGAGAUUGCCGGAAUGGGCCAACUACAGGAGCAGGCAACUUGACUUUACCGCAGACUUUGAUGUUGAAGAAUUUGUGCAACGCUAUCGCCGUCUCGGCUGCCUCGAUGGCAAGGACGGGGUGGAGAGCUGGAUCCUCGAGCGUGGUUGGAGCAACGGCGAGGUCGUGCUUGGCCAUGAACGCAUUUGGAUGCGAGAGGCCGCGUAUUGGGAGGCCGAAAGCAUGCUGGACAUGAAGUCCGUGGACGCAAUGUCACCCAGCAUGAUGGGGGGCAUGCUUGGCGCUGAAGGCGGCUUUCCAGCUCAGGCACCUGGAGGCAUCGAUCCUGGCUUCUACGCAGAUAAUGUGGCGCAAAGCCGGCAGCCAAGCCAAGCAGCACCUAGCCGUCUCGGAGUUCGKUCUAUUGCACCCACACUGGCCCACACGGUUCGAAGCACAGGAGGAGACUACGGUCUCGGAUUCAAGGGAGAUGACAAACGCAACUACAUUGGCUUUGAAGGCGAGAUUGACGGUGAAAUGGCCGAUGGCAAGGAUCUCAUCGUGCAACAGGUCACUCCUGGCAGACGCGCUUGGAUUGUGCUUGUUUGGGCUUUGACUUGGUGGGUUCCCUCGCCACUUAUGAAGUGGAUCGGCCGCAUGAAGCGCCACGACGUGCGAAUGGCAUGGCGCGAAAAGCUGGCACUAAUGAUACUCAUCGCGAUCCUCAACGGUACUGUCGUCUUCUACAUUGUGGGAUUCGGAAAUCUUCUCUGCCCAAAUCGGAACAAGGUCUGGAAUACUAAGCAGGUUGGAUUCCACCAAGGCACCAAUGAUUACUAUGUCUCGCACAUGGGAAAAGUGUACGAUCUCACGGACUUCUAUAAGCUGGACCACUCCGACAUCGUCAGCUCUCCUGUUUCGGCGGAGAACAUGUUAGAAUUCGCAGGAUCAGACGUAACGCCAUACAUUCUACCUCCCCUUACCAUAGCAUGUCCUGGGUUCGGCAUCGGCGACACAAUCACGCUGUUGAACAACAACACCUUGCCCCUCACAAACGCGCUGCACACUUCGGGACCUAAGUUGCAGACCACACGAGCCUCCGCCUUGUACAGCAUUAACUGGUACAAUGACAAGUUCCUGCCAAAGAUGGAUGAGUUUUACAAAGGCAAGCUGGUCUACAAACGAUCGGACAUAAAGAAAGACGGCCAGGACAAUAGCCAUAUGUGGUUCAUCGUCAACAACGAGAUCUUCGAUUUGACCGACUACUUCUACACCAAAAAGACCCAGAACAACCUAGCGGCCUACAGCUUCUUUCCAGACGAUCUCGAGGAGCUCGUACAAGCUAACCCGGGCAUGGACAUCAGCAACAAAUGGGAAAGCAGUUUGAACCUCACCACUCGGACAAAUGGCUUGAAUUGUUUGAGAAACAGGUUCUUCGUCGGAUCCCCGGAUUUUCGAGACACUCCCCGAUGCCAGGUCAACAACUACAUCCUCCUCGCAUUCACUAUCAUUCUUUGCGCUGUGAUUUUGAUCAAGUUCUUGGCCGCCUUACAGCUCGGCGGCAAGAAGAAGCCGACCCAACAGGACAAGUUUGUCAUCUGUCAGGUUCCAGCAUACACCGAGGGCGAGGACUCACUCCGAAAGGGGCUUGAUUCGCUUACUGCACUCGCUUACGACAACAAGAGGAAACUCAUUUGCGUUAUAUGUGACGGUAUGAUUGUUGGAGGGGGCAAUGACCGUCCCACGCCRAAGAUCGUACUCGAUGUCCUUGGUGUCGACCCGAAAAUUGAUCCACCGGCCCUACCAUUCCGGUCCCUCGGUCUCGGCGGCGAGCAGCUCAACUACGGCAAAGUGUACUCUGGUCUUUAUGAAUACGAGGGGAAUGUUGUCCCCUAUCUCGUCGUGGUCAAGGUCGGCAAGGAAUCUGAGCAAAACAAAUCGAAGCCAGGCAAUCGCGGCAAACGAGACUCGCAGAUUUUGCUAAUGAGCUUCCUCAACCGCGUUCACCACCGCUCUGCGAUGAACCCACUGGAGCUKGAGAUGUUCCACCAGAUCAACAACAUCAUCGGUGUGGAUCCGGAGCUGUACGAAUACCUCUUCAUGGUUGACGCAGACACGAAAGUCAAAGAGGAUUCGCUGAACAGACUGGUUGCUGCCUGCGCCAACGACGCAAAGAUUGCCGGCAUAUGCGGUGAGACGUCCCUGGAGAACGAAGAGCGCAGUUGGACGACGAUGAUCCAAGUGUACGAAUACUACAUUUCCCAUCAUCUGGCAAAGGCUUUCGAGAGUUUGUUCGGCAGCGUGACUUGCUUGCCGGGAUGUUUCUGCAUGUAUCGGUUAAGGACUGCUGAUAAAGGUCGACCGUUGAUCAUAUCGGACAAGAUCGUCGACGAGUACGCGGACAAUAACAUCGACACGUUGCACAAGAAGAACCUGCUAUCGCUGGGUGAAGAUCGUUACCUCACAACCCUCAUGCUGAAGCAUUUCCCGGCAAUGACUUACAAGUUCCUACCGGAUGCCUAUGCACUCACGGAAGCGCCUGCGCAAUGGAGUGUGCUGCUGUCCCAAAGACGUCGAUGGAUCAAUUCUACCAUUCACAACUUGGCAGAGAUGCUGACGGUCGAUCUCUGCGGCUUCUGUUGCUUCAGUAUGCGCUUUGUGGUGCUCAUCGAUCUGUUCGGUACCAUCAUCCUUCCGGCCACCUUCUGCUAUCUUGUCUACCUCGUGGUGAGCGUGGCCAAUGGCGGUCAAUUCCCGCUCAUCUCGAUCAUCAUGAUUGCGGCCGUAUAUGGUUUGCAGGCUAUAAUUUUCCUCGUUAAGCGGCAGUGGCAGCACAUCGGCUGGAUGGUCAUCUACAUUCUGGCAUAUCCAAUCUGGUCCUUUAUUCUCCCAGUCUAUUCCUUCUGGAAGCAGGAUGAUUUCUCCUGGGGUAACACAAGAGUCGUUAUUGGCGAGAAGGGCGACAAGAAGCUCAUUGCGGUCGACGAUGAGGGUUUUGAUCCCCGUAGUAUUCCCCUUCAACGCUGGGACGAUUACGCUACGGCCAAUAGUCUCCCAGGACGCCGCGGUGUCGUGCAGGAGAAGGAAUCCAUGUACCAAGAUGGCGGCUACGAGAUGGACGACAUUCGUUCGGUGUACUCAUCGGCGCCCCCAGCGUCUACCAUUCUGACUGGCUUCCCCCAGCACCAGUCAUUCCGCCCUCCACAGUCGCCCGGACCAUACAACGCGUUCAACAACAACCGGCAAUCAUCGUACUCGCGGAUGUCCCGCUACACAGAUCACGCCCAGCAGGGUGAGCAACACCAACGUCUGAUGUCCAUGGGUGGUAUGAGCGACCACUACAGCGGACAACAGWCGCCUUACCAAAUGAACCAAUCUCAGGACAACCUGAUGGGCGGUUUACAAUCGCCAGCCAUGCAACAACGCAAUCGUUCGCCACUCGGCGGGUACAGCGGCCCAAGCCGACCGGGAAGCACAAACCAGCUUUCUGGCUUCCAAACACAAGGCGUGUCUAACGAGGCCAUAACUGCAGCGAUUCGAGAGUGUCUGGGUGAGGUCGAUCUCGAUUCCGUUACGAAGAAGCAGUUGAAGGCUCUGGCGGAAGCGAAACUUCAGUGUCAGUUAGUGGGCGAGAAGCGAGCAUUCCUGGAUGCGCAGAUUGAUUUCGAGCUGGCGACUAUGUGA